AACCAGUCAGAGUUAUUUGUUACUACACUGUGAGUGAAUCAGGAGUUUCUAAACCUUCUCCUCACUCUCUACCAGCUACAGUCACAGUCCUGGGUGAGAUACUGAGUUUUCUUCAUGAGUGUCCCUGUCUGCUUGAAUCAAACCAUUCCUGAUAAACUAAAUGGCUUAAAAUGAGUGACUUUGAUGGUUUUUCACUUAAUAACUGUGAUUAACGGUGAUAUUUAUUUUCCCGCAGAUCAGAAGCCAGUAAUAGGGGUCAGUUAUCACAGUCAGUAUGAUGUUUUCACAGCUUUGUGUGAAAUACCGCUGUCAGGGUCAGUAAGAGCUGAUUUUAGAUGUAGUCUCUACACUGGACAUCUGCUGUUCCUAAAGGGAGAAUCUAGAAAAGGGAACUCUGGGACGUGGAGCUGUGUUUUAACAGCAUCUAAAACUGACCUGUUGAAUCGUCUGCGGUCAGUAAAGAGCAGAGAAGUGAGCUGUGAUUAUUCUCUAAUCUCUGACCCGUCCGUCCGCUCUCCAAUGAGUCGCACGUAUGAUAUAUUAAAUUUGCUCCCUACACCAGCCCAGCCAUCUGUAACAGUGGAGAAAUCUACUGCAGCUUCUUUAGCUUCCUCUGCUCGUCUGACCACCACUAAAGACCCAGAAACUGCUGGAAGUGCUCACGUUACCCAUCAGCAUCAGAAUUUAACAGAACUUGUGAAAACUUCAUCUGCCCUUCACACAAUCCAUACAGAGGCCGUGGCGGCUUCAUCCACUGCCGCAAAGGCAGAAGGCCACCGCCCAAAAAGUUCACUGCUCAUCUUUAUACUGUCAGUCACUGGUACCAGCGUGUUACUGGCUGGAGUGAUGAUGAUCAUCUUUGUCUGCAGGUUUAUCAAGAAUCAGAGGACUGACAGACUUGAAGUCGACUCAGCCAGAGGAGAUCAGGGAGACGCGAUGGCCAUGCCGAGUGUGGAGGAAUUCAGUCCAGGAGCUGCUGGAACCUACUCAAUGUUCACCUCAGAGACCACAUCUUUCCAUCAAUCAGGUCCCAGUAAAAAGGGAAAAGAAUCCUCUGAGGAGAUUGAGAGUGACGUGUAUCACACAUACAGCACCAUCCCUGACAUCCCUGUGGCCCCCAGACAGAACGAUUCGUUCUACAGCCUCAUACAGAAGGAAUGAUACUUUUACCCACUGUCUUCUAUAUUUCACAGUAUUAGAACUCCAGAAUCAACAUUAUCUAUUGCAAAUAUUUGUUAAUAAUGAGGAGGCUGUGAAAUGCAUGCUUUAUUAUAUUAAGUUAUAUUAUUUUGCAUUAUUUUGGUGCUGGGUCAGCAGUGAUGCGGGCUCUUUACCGGUCUGUUGUGGUAAAGAAAGAGCUGAGCCAUAAGGCAAGGCUCUCGAUUUACCGGUCGAU